UCCUCUUGCCAGCAGAGUUCCCAGAGCAAUUUGGCUGGAAAAUUGGCUUGCUGGAGUGAUUCAGUUUUAACAGAAAGAAUGAAUAAUUUACCCGUGUGUUUAAAGACAGGAGCUGGGUAAUUUCCUAAUAAGAAAGGAACAGAAGUUCCAGAAUAGAGGAAGAAAGCAGUGAAGUGAAAAUCUUUAUUUUCUCCCACAUCCAGAAUGGAGCGAGGGGAGGAAGCAUCAGAUAUCUAACCUCCAAAGGAAUCAAUUGGGAUUGGAUUAUAUCUCCAAGGUGAAUCAUUGACCUUCCUCUCUUUUCUAUGGGAGAAUGAUGACUAAGAUUCCACCAGCUGACACUAGCAACACCUAUGAAAACCUGGAACACUGGAGGCCAAGGCAGCUGGCCAACGCCUCUUUGGCUAAUUUCACUUUUCCAUUUGGGUUUGGUCAAAGGGCUGACUAUGCCCUGAAUGGCGUCAUUAUUGUUGUCAUCUUCAUUGUUAUGGUAUCUCUGGGUUGCACAAUGGAGAUCUCCAAGAUCAUGGGUUAUCUCCGGAAACCCAAGGAACUAGCUGUUGCUGUGGUGGCUCAGUAUGGAAUCAUGCCUCUGACAGCAUUCGCGCUGGGCAAACUCUUCCAACUGGAACCCAUUGAGGCACUGGCUGUACUCAUCUGUGGCUGUUGCCCCGGUGGAAAUCUUUCCAACAUCCUCAGCCUGGCAUCAAAAGGAGACAUGAACCUCAGCAUUGUGAUGACAGCCUGCUCGACACUCUUGGCACUUGGUCUGAUGCCUCUUCUCCUGUACCUCUACGCUAAGGGAUUGUACCAGGGUACUCUACAGGACAAAGUGCCUUACAAAGGAAUUGCUGUCGCCCUGGUCAUGACACUUAUCCCCUGUGCCAUUGGGAUCUUCUUGAAUGAAAAGAAGCCUCAGUGUGCUCGCCGCUUUGUUAAAGCAGGUAUGAUUGUUCUGCUUGUGCUAUCUAUCCCAAUAAUUGUUCUGAGUGUGGUCAGUUUUGGAGGCAGUAUCUUUAUCAUCUUCUCUCCACGCUUGCUGGGGACAUCAGCUUUGAUGCCUGUUAUUGGCUUCUCCUUGGGCUAUAUCCUGUCUGCAUUCUUCGGCUUCAGUGAUCAGUGCAGGCGGACAGUCUGCCUGGAGACCGGUUGCCAAAAUGUACAGCUCUGCUUAACCAUCCUCAAGAUGGCCUUUGCAUCUGAAGUCGUUGGGCCACUCUUCAUCUUCCCUUCUCUGUACCUGAUUUUCCAGUUGGGAGAGGGCCUUCUCCUGGUUGUGAUCUUCAGGAGUUAUGAAAAGAUAAAAGAAACAAAUGAUUCAGCAAAACUGAUCUACAGAAAUGUGGACAACACCGAAGUGGAAACCAACCAAUCAAUAGAGCCCCUAAGUAGUAGCAAUAAUCUGAGGAAAUGCUGA